CAUCGCUACGCCAGGAAAAAAAAAAAAAAAGUGACGGAAGCUAUGAAAUAGUCUCUCUUAUACCCAUUUCGAUAUCGAAAUAUCCCCCAUUCCACAGCCACAAUGCUGCGACCCAGAUUACGCAUACCAAGGGCGAGCCGGCUAUGGCGUCCAGCAGCAGCAGUAUGGACUCGCCCAUUACAUAGUGUUCCUCUGCUAGAUGGCGUAGACCCAUCCGAGGGAAUUCCCGGUUUUCUUUCUGCCGGAGGAUUCGACUUCGCGUGGACUCAAUACCAAGAUCUUAUCGUAGAGAGACUCAAUGCCUUAACAGCUGGUACCGAUUACGAGCAGCAGGAUGUCCUGGCUAUCCUUAAAUCCGCCGCGCGAGAGCCUGCGCAAGCUCCUAUCUUCAACUAUGCGUCUAUGGCACAUAACAAUCAUUUCUUUUUCAAGAACUUACUCUAUAAGCGCGACCCGACGAGCUCGGAGCCUACCAGUGGAGAAACAAUCCCCCCCGCGCUGAAAAUCCAGCUAGAGAAGCAGUUCAGCUCGAUCGAAACGCUCCGCCGCGAAUUCCUCGUCACGGCGAUGGCCAUGUUCGGGCCCGGAUUUGUGUGGCUGGUCAAAAAUGCGCAGUCGACCGAAAUGCGCAUCCUGACCACGUACCUCGCCGGUAGCCCGUACACGGCGGCACAUUGGCGUCGCCAGGGUAUCGACAUGAACACGCAGUCCAUCACAGCAGAUAGCCCGGCUAGGGGCUUCCUCGAACGCACUCAGGUAGGCGCCGGCGCAGAUAUCGGGUCCAAGUUCAUAUCUUCAAACAAGACCGCGCCCGGCGGCACCGACGUCAUCCCGCUCCUGUGCCUGAACACGUGGGAACACGUAUGGCUGCGAGACUACGGCAUCGGCGCCAGGGGCAUAGGAGGAAAGAGGCAGUUCGUCGAGAACUGGUGGGAUACCAUCAACUGGGUCAACGUUGAGGACGCAGCAAAUAUCCAAAGGCCCGAACUGAUAAAAUCAUAAGGAAAAAGAAAACAAAACAAAAACAGAAAUCCAGGGCUAUGAAUAAGGAAAGAGGGGGGAAACUUCCGCUUCCGCUCCUAUGCGGUCCGAUUUGUAUGAUACUCAACAACCUCUUCCAAAAAUCUACCUAGGUAGGGAGGCCAUGUGCUAUACAAGCUAAAAUGUACAUGAUAUUACCAGAGGGUGGUGUGUUUGUUGAGACGGUGGACGAUCAGCGUCUAAACGAUGAGUUUCACUACACCCCGGCUUUCGGUAAAGUGCUAGUGCAGUGAGAAAAACAGAAAAGAAAAAAAUGAGGAAAUAUCUGAUACUACCAAGCACUCGGGGGAUAUGCUCCUGGUGUCUUAAGACUCGUAACUGGGCGCUUGGAUAAAAUACCCGGUAGAUUAUUCAACGAUCACCAUCAAGUUUAAGAAUUGUGUUGCGUCUAAGUACCUAAUCUAAUAAGAGCAUUGUGAAUCAUGGACUAACGUAUUUGUUUUUCUAUUUAUCAAUCUUCCUUUUCCCGCGUUUUUCUUUUCCAUAGCUACCUAACCUAAGCUAACAUACAUAACGGAUAAAGGAGCGUGCUUGUUGGUAUCUCAAGAGCCCAUAGCCAGCCGCUGGUGUAUUCGUCAACUACCCAGGUGCAUAUACCUAAAGCAAGAACAAAAUAAAAAGGGGGGAGUCAAGCAAAAUAUCCGUUCAAUCCCCGCGUUUAUACGCCUGGAAUCAGGUAUCAUCCCAUCGAAAAAAAAAAAA